UGUUUUCGGCUGUAUUCGCUUGGUGUUGGUGAAAAACGCGAUUUUUGUUGUAGCAAAAUCAGCGCUUGAUUUUGAAGCAUUCUGCUUCUUAUGUGAAUUUAUAAGUAAAAUCGGUACCGUUUGUGGAAAAUAGUUGUGAGAAUUAAAAUAAGUGCAUCUAGAUCAUAUACUCCGGAUGUCAACUUUGUUAGCUGCAUAAUAAAUCUUCGAUAGUGAACAAUUUCUUCAAUCGCCACUAGGAGAGAAGAAAAAGAAGAGGCAACAGAUCAACAAAAAGAAUUGUGGAAAAGAAGUUGUAGUUGAAUCUUCUAGCCGAUCCAGAUGAUGGUCCCAAUUGGAGGCCCGGUCAGUCACGGUGGCCAUCCGAUUCACAUACCAACUCCCAUUCAAAAUGCGCCCCCGCCCUCACAAAGUCAACAUGCACCGUCUAGCCAGAAUAGACAGUCACUCUCAGUGAAACCUAACUACACUCUUAAGUUUACCUUGGCGGGACACACCAAAGCAGUGUCGGCGGUUAAAUUCAGUCCCAACGGCGAGUGGCUUGCCAGUUCCUCGGCUGAUAAACUAAUAAAAAUUUGGGGCGCCUACGACGGUAAAUUCGAGAAAACCAUCUCCGGACACAAACUUGGAAUCAGCGACGUGGCCUGGUCGAGUGAUAGUCGGUUGCUGGUUACGGCCAGCGACGAUAAGACUCUCAAAAUCUGGGAACUCAGCUCCGGGAAGUGUUUGAAGACGCUCAAAGGCCACACCAAUUACGUAUUCUGCUGUAACUUCAAUCCGCAGAGCAACCUCAUUGUGUCCGGUUCAUUCGACGAAUCAGUGCGGAUUUGGGAUGUCCGCACUGGGAAAUGUUUGAAGACACUACCGGCGCACUCGGAUCCUGUUUCGGCGGUUCACUUCAACCGGGACGGUUCAUUGAUUGUGUCGUCCAGCUACGACGGCCUUUGCCGCAUCUGGGACACUGCUAGCGGUCAAUGUCUUAAGACGCUCAUCGAUGACGAUAAUCCGCCGGUUUCGUUUGUCAAGUUUUCUCCUAACGGGAAGUACAUUUUGGCUGCCACACUAGACAACACGUUGAAAUUGUGGGAUUAUUCAAAGGGCAAAUGUCUGAAAACCUACACCGGUCACAAAAACGAGAAAUAUUGUAUUUUUGCCAACUUUUCCGUGACAGGUGGAAAGUGGAUUGUGUCCGGCAGUGAGGACAAUAUGGUCUACAUCUGGAACCUCCAGAGCAAGGAAAUUGUCCAAUGUUUACAAGGACACACAGACACGGUGCUGUGCACGGCGUGCCACCCCACUGAGAAUAUUAUCGCUUCGGCGGCCCUCGAGAACGACAAGACGAUAAAGCUGUGGAAAAGUGACACAUAAAAUUGGGCCCGCAGGCAGUUGGGUGACCAUCGACCGUGAACACCGCAAAUGGCAUCCUACUGGCGCGAGGUCCUGCUAGUAUUAGUACACACUUUUAUCUUCUGCUCUAUACACAAACUACAUAACAUUAAGCCGAAUGCACCUUAGGCACUAAGCAAUGCACCGAAUUAACACUAAUCAUGCUGCAACGUAACAUUUUCUGACGGAAUUACUUGAUGUAGAGAACAAAAAAACAGUUCAUAAUUCUAGGAAGUAUGAAUGUUUAAACCAAAA